AUGGUCGACUUACAUUCUCUACCUGCGGGCACUUGGCCCCAAAACGCCAUCCGCAACAAUGGCCCGGAUGACCUAGUCCUCGAGCGCGCUAAGCUGCGUGAACUCGCAGAGGGAUGGCCAUGUUACCGUGACGCUUGUGAAUGGGAAAACUUUGAGUCAAUCUUUCAUGAAGACGCGCAUGUUUAUACUACCUGGUCUGGCCGUGUCCAUUUCAAGGAGUUCAUGGAAGUUUCCAAGGCUGGCAUGGACAAGGGCGCUUUCAUCAUGCACCGCUGCCACGGAGUGACAACUGAUAUCACACCUGAUGGAAUUCGUGCCAUCACCAAACUGAAGGCCACCAUCACUCAGCGAUUCACCAUUGACGGCUGUGACGUUGACGCCGAGGCUGAUUGCCGGUUCUGGUUCUGCUUUGAAAAGGUCAAUGGACGUUGGGGUGCUCGGUUUGUCCGACACUGGUAUGAGAAGGAUAAGCUCAUUCCUGUCAACCCGAACAAGAUCCCCCAGGUGGACGAAGAGAAGCUCAACUCUUACCCUGAAGGGUAUAAGUGUCUGGCCUACUGCCAAGAGCUCACUAUGGGUGUAAAGGUGUUGAAGGAUAUGCCUGGACACAGGCGACAUGUAGGAACUGUAUGCGGAGAGAAGCAUGACCUUUUGUAUAAGCUGUCCAAGGACUGGCUGGAUGGAAAGACUAUUGAUGUAUAA